UCUCUGUCUCAGAUACUAAUGGACUGUCUGUCUCUGUCUCAGAUCACCAUGGACUUCUUCCCUCACACCGAUGACGAGGACUCCCGCAGCAGUCUCGGGUGCUCGUCCCCGGAGCAGCCGCAGAAGAAGCGGCGGCGCGGGCGCGGCGGAGCCCCGGUGCCGGUGGUGAAGAAGAACCGGCGGGUGAAGGCCAACGACCGGGAGAGGAACCGGAUGCACAACCUGAACGACGCGCUGGAGGCGCUGCGGGGGGUCCUGCCCGCCAUGCCCGACGAGACCAAACUCACCAAGAUCGAGACUCUGCGUUUCGCGCACAACUACAUCUGGGCUCUGUCGGAGACCAUCCGCAUCGCAGACCUGGGGAGGACCGGGGACAUCUCGCUGCUGCUGAACCCGGCCCGCCUCAGCGGAGCCCCGAGCCCCGGCAGCGACUCCUGCUCCUGGAGCUCCAGCGGCUCCAGCGGCUCCAGCGGCUCCAGCGGCUCCUCGUCCUCCUCCUCCCCGCCUUACUGCGCCUCCAGCCCGGGCAGCCCCGUCGCGCAGGACUGCGGCUUCCUGCAGCAGGACCCAGUGUUCGGCUUCCGUAGCCUCGUACCGGGCAUCUACUGAGGAAGAGGAGGAAGAGGCCCCGCAGACUCUUCAUCAUCACACGGCAGAGAGACAUGAGACAGGAGACACCUGUUGCCUUACAGCCGCUCGUGUCUCUGAGGACAAAUGAAAGAGUUCAUUUCUGUGUGAUUUAGUUAAUUUUGUGUUUUUCUUCAGAAGCUUCGCACUUUUUGUCUCCAGGUUUUUACUCAGAACUUUUAGUGUGAAAAUCCAAGACUCAAUUUAUUUAUUCCACUCGACUCGUUUUGUUUGGUCACUUGAUGAAAUUUGUAUUUUGUACAUAAAGAGAUUUUUAUUCUAUUUACUAUUUGCUUUUUUACAAAAUAAAUAAAGUUAUAACGUUUCUAUAAAA